CGCUGGGGAGGCGGGGCACCCGGCAGCGGCAGCGGCUGCAGCGGCGGCCACAGCAGCCUCGGCGGCGGCCGCGGCAGAACUGGCAGCACCAGCGGCGGGAAGAAAGAAGCCUGAGACAGCAGCCUAUGACGACUGUGAAGACAAUCCAGAAUUGCAAUUAUGAAUGGUGUUGCUGCUGGGCUCCUUCUGCAGAGCAUCUGAAAUGAACCUCUCUUAUUGAUUGUUUUUAUUGGCCCCGAGCCAGGAGUACUGGAUUCAGUUGACUUCAGGAUUAGAAAGAGAACUGUUUUGGUUAUCAUCAUAAACAUAUGAACCAGUGUGAUGGUGAAAUGAGAUGAGGCUCCGAAAUGGAACUGUAGCUACUGUUUUAGCAUUUAUCACGUCGUUCCUGACUUUAUCUUGGUAUACUACGUGGCAAAAUGGGAAAGAAAAACUGAUUGCUUAUCAACGAGAGUUUCUUGCCUUGAAAGAACGUCUUCGAAUAGCUGAACAUAGAAUCUCUCAGCGCUCUUCUGAAUUAAAUGCCAUUGUACAGCAGUUCAAGCGUGUAGGAGCAGAAGCAAAUGGAAGUAAGGAUCCAUUAAAUAAAUUUUCAGAUAAUACUCUUAAGCUAUUAAAGGAGUUAACAAGCAAAAAAUCUCUUCAAGUGCCAAGUAUUUAUUAUCAUUUGCCUCAUUUAUUGCAAAAUGAAAGAAGCCUUCAGCCUGCUCUGCAGAUUGGUAACGGAAGAACAGGAGUGUCAAUAGUAAUGGGAAUUCCCACAGUGAAGAGAGAAGUGAAAUCUUACCUCAUAGAAACCCUUCAUUCCCUUAUUGAUAAUCUGUAUCCUGAAGAGAAGUUGGACUGUGUUAUAGUUGUCUUCAUAGGAGAGACAGAUAGUGAUUAUGUACACAGUGUUGUAGCCAACUUGGAGAAAGAAUUUUCUAAAGAAAUCAGUUCUGGCUUGGUGGAAAUAAUAUCCCCUCCUGAAAGCUAUUAUCCUGACCUGACAAACUUAAAGGAGACAUUUGGAGACUCCAAAGAAAGAGUAAGAUGGAGAACAAAGCAAAACCUAGAUUAUUGUUUUCUAAUGAUGUAUGCUCAGGAAAAGGGAAUAUAUUACAUUCAGCUUGAAGAUGAUAUUAUUGUCAAACAAAAUUACUUUAACACUAUAAAAAAUUUUGCACUUCAACUUUCUUCUGAAGAAUGGAUGAUACUCGAGUUCUCCCAGCUGGGCUUCAUUGGUAAAAUGUUUCAAGCACCAGACCUCACUCUGAUUGUGGAAUUCAUAUUUAUGUUCUAUAAGGAGAAACCCAUUGAUUGGCUCUUGGACCAUAUACUCUGGGUCAAAGUCUGCAACCCUGAAAAAGACGCAAAACAUUGUGAUAGACAGAAAGCAAAUCUACGAAUUCGCUUCAGACCUUCGCUUUUCCAGCAUGUUGGUCUGCAUUCUUCUCUAUCAGGAAAAAUACAGAAACUCACGGAUAAAGAUUACAUGAAACCAUUAAUUCUUAAAAUCCAUGUAAACCCACCUGCAGAGAUAUCUACUUCUUUGAAGGUCUACCAAGGACAUACACUGGAGAAAACUUACAUGGGGGAGGAUUUCUUCUGGGCUAUAACCCCAGUAGCCGGAGACUACAUCUUGUUCAAAUUUGAUAAGCCAGUCAAUGUAGAAAGUUACUUGUUCCACAGCGGCAACCAAGAACAUCCAGGAGAUAUCCUGCUCAACACAACUGUGGAAGUUUUGCCUUUAAAGAGUGAAGGUUUGGAAAUAAGCAAAGAAACCAAAGACAAACGAUUAGAAGAUGGUUAUUUCAGAAUAGGAAAAUUUGAGAAUGGUGUUGCCGAAGGAAUGGUGGAUCCUAGCCUAAACCCCAUUUCAGCCUUUCGACUUUCAGUUAUUCAGAAUUCUGCCGUUUGGGCCAUUCUUAAUGAGAUUCAUAUUAAAAAAGUCACCAACUGAUCAUCUGCUAAGAAACCAGUACAUUUUUUUCCUGUGAAUUUGUUAAUUAAAGAUAGUUAAGCAUGUACCUUUUUUUUUUCUUUUUUUUUUUACUUGAACACUACCUCUUGUGAAAUCUACUGUAGAUAAAAUGAUUGUCAUUUCCACUUGGAAAGUGAAGCUCCCAUGGAUAAUUGCAUUCAUUCGAACCUAAGCUGUUCUCCAAUUUUAACUUGACUCAAACAUUUUACAGUUAUGACAGCCUGUUAAUAUGACUUGUACUAUUUUGGUAUUAUACUAAUACAUAAGAGUUGUACAUAUUGUUACAUUCUUUAAAUUUGAGAAAAAUUAAUGUUAAAUACAUUUUAUGAAGGGGGUACUUUUGAAGUUCAUUUAUUUUACUAUUAUAGACCCUCUUUUAUAGAUUAUCAGGGAUUAUAUAUAUAUAUAAAUAUAUAAAUAUACAUAAAAUGUUAUGGAGUUAAUUUAUUAGAAACAUUUAAGAAGUACAUAUUUUUGUGCAGUAAAUUUUUGAAUCAAUACUUUUUUUGAAAAGUUACCUUGCUUUUUUAAGUUCUUUCUAUAUUUUUCUUUGGAAAUGCAAACAUUACAAAUGAAUGCCAUUUUUCAAAUGCACUGCCAUUUAAGAAUGAUUCUAGAUUGAUUUCCUAACUGAAGUACUUUUAUAAUUGCAGUGAUUCUGAACAAAAUAUUUUCAAAGGCAUUUGUCAUUCCUUACAGCCAAGAUUUUAAAGACCAACGUCCUUCUUGAGGGUUAUUUUACUAUACUGUUUAUGGUUUAAAAAAAAAAAAUCAGUCUGAUAAACUUUAAUGUGCAGGGGUCAUGCAUUCAGCCCAAAUUAUCAUGGACUCAACUCAUUACAUUCCCUCUGAUAUGUAAGAUGACAAACUAUUUUUUCUUUUUAAAUCUGUGUCUUUAAUCCAUGAGUUACAUGCAUUAUCUCUUGUUGAUCCUUUUAUAUCUGCACCCAUUUAGUGAGUUCUGACAAAAUGUUUUCUAGGUGAUGUUAUUGUAUGAGUCAAAAUCAUUGAAUUUUACAGAAAAAAAUGUAAUAUUGGUUUUUAGGGAGAGAUUGUAGCAGUUGUAUGUUUUUGCAAAGUGACUUGCUCUGUUGGCUUUAUGAACUAACAGGUAAAUUCAUAUCUGAAGAGCAUUUAUUGCUCUUAAUCAUGUAAUUCCAAAUGUUAUUACUACUGGAAACAAAAAGACUAUCAGCCUUAGCAAUCAGCGAUCUUUACAAAAGUAUUUUACUUUUAAGAAGUUCGGAAUGAUCACCAUCCGCUCCCAACCAGUGCAUCAGGGGGCUUGCAGGUGGGUUCCAGAGAGAUAUGCAGAGACUGACCCCCUGAGCUCUCGGACUAGCCAGUGGCUGAGGCCUCCGGGGGCUGGAAGUGUCCGCUUGUUGCCUCUUGCCUGGGGGAGCCUCCCGCGGUUACCCAGGAUGCUGAACAAAAAGCUUCCAGACAGCCUUGUUUUCUGUACAGUAUGUUGGAGUGAAAAAUGUUGGGAAACAUGGAUAGGGUACACUUCUUUCCAUUACUCUUAUUGGAAUCAUGGUCAGUUACUUUCCUUGAUUAAAAAGUUACACAUGGCCAGGAAUAAUUUUUUUAUGUCCAAGUCUAGUGAAACAUUUUUGCUGGGCUUUUUAGAUUUACUUUUCACUUUCUUUAAUUUACUUUUUAUGUUGUCCUUACAUUUCCUUGGCCUGAUGCCCACAGGCCAAUUUCAUUUGAAAAGAAUAACCUUUCAUUGUAAAACUUUGGCAGCUGUUGAAUAUUAUAGACUGCUAGAACCACCAAGUAUCGGGAGAGAAACCCCUGGGUGGGUUAAGAAGUCCUCUGCUCUCCUUGCUUCCCCAGGAGCCCACUCUGAUUUUAGGGAGAAGGAGCAUGCACUGAAGAUCAGGGAGGUGACCAUGACUGCAGCCCCUUGCCCUUAGGGCUGCUUGGGCUUUAGCCUGGUGAGCCAUACCAGCCGGCUUCUUCCGGUGCUUCUGCUCAGCCUCCCCUCCCAGGCUUCGCUCACCCCUCCUGUUCCCGGGUAUACUUGGAGCCAAAUCUCACCCCCUUGCAGACUCUCUCGUGCACUCCUCCCCAUGAAUUGUUACCAGUGCCUAGUAGUGCCAGGAAUAGGGCCUGGCACGUGGCAGGUCCCCUGUCCAGGUCUGGACGAGGGGACCAACUGUUCCAGCCCACAUUCCUCUUUCUUUUUAACUCCCUUUAUCUACGUUGCUUGCCAUACACUUACAUACAUACACACUCAGCUGUUGAGUUUUGGAUGUUCCUGGCGAGUGUGUGUUAUGUGUGUGCACACGUUCUCCCUCCUGUCCGGCUUCCAGGCAGGCCUGUAACUCAUCCUUCCUGUGAUCAUCUCCUUGUUGGUCUUUCCCUGCCCCCACUUCCUCCUGAGGCCCUUAGAAACAGCCCUGCUUUCCUUAAGCAAGACACUGUAGGGUAACUCUGGAGAGGAAUUGGGGAGCGAAGUCUGGGGACAGAACAGUGGAGGGGGUGAAGAGUACCUGGGACUGAGGGAAGGAUAUGUAUUUGGCCUCGAGAGGACACUGAACCACUCGUAUCCGAAUAGUGAGUGGGGACACUGUCCUCUGGUGUCCAGUAUUUAAUUAUUAACAUAUAGAGAUAAACCUGGUUUGCAUCUGGUAUGCAUUUCAUGUAAACUGUUGAGACUCUAGAGCUGUGCUGUCCUGAGCAGUUGCCAGUAGACACAUAGUGAGUGUGUAAAUUUAAAUUAGUAAGAUCUUUAGCGCCUCAGUCACACUAGCUACGUUCAGGUGCUCAUCAGCCACAUGUGGCUCGUGGCCCCUGACUGGACAGCAGAUAGCCUUCUGUCACUGCAGAAAGUUCUGUUGGGACAGCACUGUGUCAGGAGUGCUAAUUCGAACACUUGCGAAACCAGAGGAAUGAGUUCUGACUACGAGGAUGAAAGCAGACGUGCAGAAUAUGUCACAGUGCAGACGGCGAGUAUCAUAGGCAAGAAGGUUGAGGACUGUUUCUGGGAUUCUGAGACCCCAGAUUUUUGAGUUCUCUGCUCUUAAGUCUCAUGUGCUCUUUCCAGCUCGCGUGGAGGCCCUACUCCGCAGUCAGACAAGAACAGUGGUUUCAGGCAGUGAGAUUGAAAAGCUCUGGAAAAAGUGUGUGUGUGUUGGAUGAUUCAGCAGGCAGGCUGUAGAAACAUGUAUGUUAAUUCAACCGUGGAGAGAUCUUUGGAAAAGGUAUGGCUUUUCAGGUCACUGGUGGCACCAGUAUGUGAUCAGGUGUCUUUAUUUCAAAACCUUCAGCAACGUACUGAAGGCUUCUUUUCAAUCUGUUACUGUCACCAAAAGGCGGUCUCCCAUUAGUACUGUCCUCAAAGGCAAGUUUGGUUCAUGUGGAAACAGCAUGUCUGGCACGAUUGCUCUCAUUAGUGGCACUGUUUGUACCAGCCACAAUUCUGCAGAUGACCCUCAGGUACCGUAGAUGCCUUCCUCCCUCUUUGUGUGUGGGUGGAAGCCAUGAGUAUCACCCAUAAUCCUGUUCAGCUAAUCUAACUGUGUGAGCCCUUUAAAAGCAAGGUUUUCUCAGGCUGGUAGCAUAAGUCAGAUUCAAAGCAGAAGGACUCAAGGCACCACUGCUGAUGUAAGAUGGAGGGGCCACAGGAGAAGAAAUGCAGUUGCCUGGCAGGAGCUGAGAGGCCUGCAUCGACAGCCACAGGAACUGGAACUUCAGCCCUACCAACACAGGAACUCCAUCAGUUAAUGAACCGAGCAAGCUUGCAGCUAGAGUCUUCUCCAUCAUAUGAGAGCCCAGCUCCGCCGCCCCCAUGACUCCAGCCUUGUGAGACCCUAUGCAGAGAACUUGAAUCAAGCCCGCCCUGACUUUUGGCCUGCGGAACUGUGAGAUAAUAAAUAGGCGUUUUUUUUAAGCCUCUGAAUUUGUGGUGAUUUGUUAUGCAGCAAUAGAGAAUGAAUAUAGUAUUUAAAAGAGAUGAGGAGGAAAAGUCUUCAUACUUGAUUCUCGGGAGUUGGGAGAUUUUGAUAACCACGUGAGUCAAGUCUUACACUAGCAAACUUACAGCUGAGCUGCCUCUGGGGUUUCUCUGCCUGAGAAUCUUUAGUAGUCUUGAUUGGAAGUUUGUUGCCAAAAACUUAGAGUAUCUAAGCAAUGCUUUCUAAAACAAAAAUAAAAACAAAACACCCUGCUAGGACAGGACUGUUCUCAUUCCAGGAGGAGGACCCAUGGUAUAUGGAAUCUUCUUCCUGGGAGAGGUAUGUAUUUGUGAUUUUUCUGCUCUGAGCCUGUUCAGUAUAUUAUUUAAGAAUCAUGAACAGUGGUAUUCUAAAUAUUAGGAGAGAAAAAAAAUUCGGCCUUCACAGAAGGAUAAUCUACUCUGCAUUGAACGAACUUUUUUUUUUUAACCCCAAGCUUACUUUAUUGUAUAAGCACAGAUCAAAUCCUGUAUGUGCCAACCAAAUUUUUGUACUUUGCAGGUAUUUUCUAAAAUACCUGUCUGUUUCCAAGCCAUUAAUUGCUAUUGAAGCUUGUUAUUUUGGUUUUGUACAUUAAUUUUUGUGCUUAAUUUUACUAUAUCACCAUACCCUUGAUAGAAGAACAACACAGCUAAAGGGAAGAAAAUGAGAGGCUAAGACUGUCAAAAAGUCAGAAAUUGGAGUCCUAAUAAUCUUUGUGUUCUAGAGAAACCCAGAUAUCCCAGCUCUUUCUUUUAUAGAAAAGGAAACUUUUCCAAAGCUGUAUAGCAUUAUAGUGUGUUAAAUUUGAUAGCUGUACAAUUUUAAUUAUUAAUCUUGAUAGAUGCCAUAACCAGUAUGCUUUAUUUCUUUAAUGCAUGUGAACACACAAUGCUAAAAAGACUACGACAGUAUUUAAAAAAAAAAAAAAAAAGGGAUUUGUUAUAUAUAUCCCUAUCACCAGUACUAUAUAUAAACUCUUCUUGCCUGAAACACUCCACCUUUUUUGGGCACUAAUUAGAUAAUGUUCAAGGAGACAAAUGGGAAAGAGCAGAGCUGGCACUUGUGUGUGUGUGUGUGUGUAGAAUUUAGAAGACGUUCAAGAAAGUAAGCUGGGUAUUGAAUGGAAAGCACUUUGUGCAAAGUAUCAUUCCUAGUGUUCACACUGCUGUAAAAAUGUGAAUAGUGGUGCUAAAAUUGUUUUCCAAAUAAGGAUUGUUUGUUGUGGGGAAUAUUUAAUGAUACUUUUGAACAUUAGGGAGGCUACUUUAUAUAUCACUUAUUCCUAGUUGUUUCUCGGUAUUAGUAAUUAGCAAAUCCCUCCGGAGUCAAAGGUUCGGUACUUUAGUGUGAUUAGCCUUCCAUUAUUUGAAAUGCUCGGUUUGCUGAAAUUGGGUGAAAAUACCUUUAGAAGACCUAUUCUCUGAGCCUUAAAAAUGGCUGAUAUCGACAGUACUGUAAGAUGCACUGCUAGCAGCUUUGAUACUUUUCAUUUCAGUAAAGACAGUGAUGUUUUCUAAGAAAGAUUUAGAAAUCAGCUGACUGAACGUAACAAUUUUGUUUCAUUUAUAAAAUAAAAAACUAAUGUGUUUCUCAUCAAAAACACUGUUUGGAAACGUCAUAGAUGUCUCUGGAAGCACCCCUUAGAGAAGGUGCCUGAGGAAUUGCUUUUCCAGGCUGUACCAGAUUUUUUUUUCUCCUUAAAUGUAUAUAUUUUCCUUAAAAUGUUUUCAUUGGGUGAAUGGGUAAUAUCUGUAGUAAUAUUUUAGGUACCUGUUAAGAUUUUUAAAGGAAGAUUAUUUCCAAAUUUGCUGCUAUAAUUGAAAACCUAUUAACUGGUCCUGUUGACUGUGCCUUUCAUUACUGUUUCUCUGUGCCACAACCGUUCAUGUGUUUGGAAUAAAGAUGUUUAAGAAGCCAUGUUGAAUUCAAGAUUCCUUCUAAUAAAAAUAGGUAAAACUUA